AUGGCGAGUCCAGCUGCGGCCUCCUUGAACCCUCCCCCUCGACCCUACCGACGAUUCUUAACCUCCGCUCUCCAUAAACGAUUCGUACAUGCUGCGUUCAUCUCCCUCCUCAUCGCCCUCCAUAAUGCUUUCUGGCUCGGUUCGAAGAAAGACCUAUUCUGGUCAUGGUUUCCUUUUGGCCCUGCUGGGAUCAAAGCGUUACUUUUUUUCAUGGCCAGCCUGUUCGUCUUCAUCCUCCAAAUAGCCACCCUCAAUAUCGGCAGACAGACGACAGUUUCCCCCUUUGCGACCUUCAGAACAAACUUCCUCAGUGUAUCGUCGGUGCAUACAUUGUUCUGGUACUUGAUUUCGGGAUGGUGGUUUACUGAAGCAUUCAUUUGGUCUUCUCCAGACCUUGGCUGGAUCACAAGAGGAAACCAUCACACUCCCGACAUUCUAAACGAGAAACCCAUCUUCUUCCGUCUUUACGCCUUACUUCUCGCGGUCGCAUAUGCAGGAGUUCAUACUUAUCGUGGAAAUUCAACCCUCCUCAUCCCCGUCUCACAACUGUCAAGCACGCCAAAACCCGACACCAAAGCUCAGGACACUCAUCCGAUCGAGCCUAUUCAGACGCAGCUGCAACGCAAACUGUUCCCUGUGCUCAUAGAGAGUACUCUCAUUCCAGGAGCCGUAAUCAUUGUGGCUCCUUUCAUCAAUGGCCUCUUCCUGCGAAACAUUUUCUGGCAGCUCCAUCUUGCGAUGGCAAAACCAUUCUUCAACCUUUCGAGAGCAAACGCCCGUCCGGUAGGAUAUCCUCCUCUGGGGCCUGUUUAUUUGCUCCAAUGCUUCGGUGCCGGAUUUCUCCUUACACUGACAUGGGAGUUGACUUCGCUCCUGUUCGUGAUUUAUCUCAACCAGCAGCCCACAAAGUCUGGGUUGCCACUUUCCGCAUCUAGCAAAGAUCCCAAUGGAACACUCCUUAAUGGACUCAAGGCCAAACGAGACGUCGUAAGAACCUUUGCCUUUUGGGAGUUGGCUAUCAUUGCCCACAAACACAAGGAACGAAGAAAGGCUAUUUUCGAAGACAUUGAACGGCCUGCCGGACCAAUGUGGAGCCAAAUGGUACAAGCCGGUCUGAAAAUAUUGCAAGAAGUGCAAACUCGCAUUGUUGGACCUCCCCCAGCAGCACCACAGCCUGUAGGUGCAGACCAAAUCAAAUCUCUACCACGCAUUGUUCCCGAAGUACCGACUCAAUCAAUCUUUCAAGCAAGUCCGAAACCAAGCGUCGGUUCCAGGCUGCUGGCAAGUCCGUUGCGACAAAUUGGCAGUAGUAAACAGCCCUGGCAUCCACCCAUAGAAGAAACGGCCAAAACAGUCGAAACAAAAUUGCUCGAGUAUGCGAGGCCGCCAGGCACGACUCAAAAGCCAACCAAAGGUAUUUCAGAUCAAUGGAUGGCUGCUCUAAAGCAAAGUCGCAUGGCUUGGUUCUUCGUGCCCACAAAUGCCGCCCAAAUCAACGCCAUGGUACUCGGAUCACCCCAUGGAAACGCAGCAUUGAUUGUUGAUGCAAUUGAGUCAAUAACCAGAAUGCAAGUUGCCAGUCUCACAGAAGAUACAUACGGCAAAGCCACUCCGACAGUGCCAGACACUGUAAGAACUUUUACAAAAACUCUCAACAUAAUUGAAGACCUUGUAUCGAAACACAAGCAGGGCGCUACGGGUGGAAUUGAUGAAGUUGAGAUCAUCAUCGCAAGAUUAAGGGCUGGGCUGAAGGAGUUGUUGUCAGCCUUUCAGGUAUAUUUGAUUGAUCAAGGUCUUGGGAUUGCCGACCUUAAUCAGGCCAAGAAGGCCACCCAGGCACCAGAACCUGAGGAAGCGCAGGAAAAACCCAAGCCCAAGGCUGUCGAACAGCCGACGCAGAGACGUCUUUUUCAGAAAGAUGCGCAAAAAGAUGGUACCAAGGACAGGAACCGGAUAUCAGAGGAUCAGAUCCCUAGAUUGGAGUCUUCAGGGUGGUCUGGAUCUAAUCCCCAGAAUGGCCGUUUGUUCCAGAGAAGAGAGAUGGAACAAGUCAGAUAA